AUGCUAAGCAGACUAUCGCUUCGAAUUCCGAGCCGACACGCUUCAAGCGCCGCUAACAAUAUUCUGAAUCAAGCGAAUAUUACCGCCGAUCCUUCCAAGAUCCUCUUCAUCGAGGGUGAUCGGAAGCAGACCUAUGGGGACUUUGUGAAGCGCGCCGGACAAUACGCGACAGCUUUGACUGAGAAAUACAAUAUCAAGAAAGGCGAUCGAGUUAUGGCGAGGGUCUCAAAGACGACGGACACCGCCGCGUUGUACAUCGCGUGCCUUCAAAUCGGAGCAAUGUACAUUCCGGUGAAUCCGGCUUAUACGGAAUCGGAAGCCGCGCAUUAUAUCAAAGAUGCGACGCCGUCGCUUUUAGUCACCUGCAAUGAAGAAUUGGAUACAGUUUUUCGCGAUCGAAUUGCGGUUUUGAACGAGAACAAAUUGGCGAGUGAAGCCGGACAAUUGAAUGCUUGCACUGACAUCGAGCAUGUCGAGAAAUCCGAUUCGGCAUCGGUUUGCUACACUUCCGGCACAACCGGCCUUCCGAAAGGCGCGAUACUGACGCAUGGAAGUCUGACGGCGAAUGCGAGAGACAUCGUCAGAGAUUGGGGAUUCACUGAAAAUGAUGUAAAUCUCCACGCACUUCCGUUUUAUCAUGUUCACGGACUCUACUAUUCGCUUCAUUGCUCGCUUUUCUCGCAUUCUUCCAUUAUUUGGAGGCGAAAGUUUGAGGUGGAAGACUGCAUUGCAAACAUGAAGGAGGCUACUGUGAUGAUGGGCGUUCCGACAUUCUUCUCCCGAUUGCUCUCGAGUAAAAACUUCACCAAAGAAGCGUUCGGCAACAUUCGGGUGUUCAUCUCGGGAAGCGCACCGCUGUCCGUGUCGACGAUCGAGGAGUUCCGACAACGAACCGGUCAGAUCAUUCUUGAGCGGUAUGGAAUGACGGAAGCUGGAGUGAUGACGACGAAUCCGCUGCAUGGCGUCCGAAAAGCGGGCACUGUCGGGCCUGCUGUGGAAGGUGUCGGCGUUCGAAUCGCGAAGAAUGGCGGAAUCGAAGUGAAGACGAACGCGAUAUUUGCCGGAUAUUGGAAGAAUCCGAAGAAGACUGCUGAGGAAUUCACCGAGGAUGGCUGGUUCAAAACGGGCGACGUUGGCCAUUUGGAUAAGGAUGGCUAUUUGACGAUCGGCGGUCGAUCAAAAGACAUGAUCAUCACUGGAGGAUUGAAUGUGUACCCGAAGGAGCUUGAAGACUUCAUUGAUACCCUUCCGUUCGUCAAAGAAUCGGCGGUUAUCGCUUCGCCUCAUCCCGACUUUGGAGAGGCCGUUGUAGCCAUCGUGGUGCCUGAAGAUCCCAACGCUGAUCCGAAAGAAUUCGAGAAGAAGCUUAUCGAAAUUAUGAAGAAGAAGGUGGCUAAUUAUAAGGUUCCGAAGCGCGUCAUCCUACUUGAAUCCCUUCCACGCAAUCAUAUCACAAAAGUGCAAAAGAACGUCCUCAGAGACACUUAUAAGAAUCUUUUUGCCUAA